CGCACGAGGCAUAUCGACAUCCGGUUCAAAUGGGUCAUACAGUGGACCGAGGAGGGUUAUUUCAACCUGCAACAGGUGCGGUCGGACGAGAUGAUCGCAGACGGCCUGACCAAGGCGUUGGGCGCGGUCAACCACCAUAAAUUCGUCAUUCAGCUUCGGCUGCGUGAUCUGUGA